AUGUCCCAGUCUCCACGCAUCACGCAAAAUGCCCGUCCAUCAUCGGGCUACUUUGAAGUUCGAAGUACGGCGACAUCGGGCCGUGGCGUUUUUGCCCUGACCGAUAUCCCUGCAGGGACAACCCUACUCGAAACGUCCCUGAUAGCCGCCAGCACCAUCUACAAACCCUACGCCAAAGAAGUGUGCGCGCAAUGCUUCGCGUACAACCGUGGGAUCGUGUGGAAGGUCCGCGACAAUGCCCGCAACGUCGUGUUCUGCAGUGACUCGUGCCAGGAAGUAUGGAGAGCGACCACACCUGCCCCAGCCCUCGUGGCGCGUGAAGAAGUGCAGAAGUUUCUGCAGCGCAGACAGAAACUCUGGAACGCCGAGAUCGAAGACUUCAACAAGCCUGCCGCCGACCAGAUCGACGGCGCAUGGGCAGCGGCAGAAGAGAAAGCCACGCUCAUCCGCGCCGCUCUGUCGAGUACAAUGCCGACCAAAGCACAGAUCAAAGCGCUCCGGCAAGCACAGUCCCUCCACCCGGAUCCGGACACGCUAUGGUUUCUGCUAGAUGCAGUCACGCAGUCUCUGCGUCAGACCGGCAUCCUCGACCUCACCGCCGACCUCGCCGCGGAUCCUCAACCGUACAUCAACGCCGAAGAUCUCGGCUUCCACGUCGACGCGUACUUGGCCAUGCUCGCCGUCGUUCCUGGAGACGUCGUGUUUCCCCACGUUGACCGGUCCCUGCUACGGACGAUCCAGUCUCGCACCACGCACAACUCGUUUGGUCUUCGGUCGCUGGACGAAGGCGGCAGCGCCGACGACGCCACCGGCACAGCAGGGAGCGAAUGUUUCGGGUUCGGCGUCUGGCCGGAAGCAAGCUACUGGAACCACAGCUGCGCGCCGAACCUGAAGAAGCAGAGGACCGGACGGACGUGGACGUUCUCUACCAACCGGCACAUCAAGGCCGGCGAGGAAUUGUGUAUAAGUUACCUCGGGGGAGAUGAGAGGGACAUGACGACCGCCGCGCGCAAAGAGAAACUCAGGCGGAUCUGGGGGUUUGAAUGUGCUUGUGAAAAGUGUGCUGGCUGCUAG